UGUUGAGUUUCCGCCCACUUUUCAUAGCAGCCAAUCAGCUUUUCAUGUGUGAGGAGCUGUCUUCUGUCGCAUGGUUGAAGGUCGGAGGGUGUCCCCGUGAGCUGUGAUAGAGAAGCGGGUAGAAUUCCUAACUGAGGCCCCGGCUUCUGGUUGUCAGAUAUGUCUAAGGCUUCCCGGGCGGUAAAAGCAGUCAAGAAGGCCGAUGUCUCCGGUGUGAUUCGAGCACUUAUCGGAGCUGGACAGGCGGCACCAGGACCUCCUUUGGGGCCCACCUUGGGACAGAGGGGCAUCCCAAUUGGCCAGUUUUGUAAGGAGUUCAACGAGAAGACCAAAGAUGUCAUUGAAGGCGUUCCCAUGCGGGUGAAGAUCGUAGUUAAUCCUGACAGAACGUAUGAAAUGAAAAUUGGACUGCCACCUGUGUCCUACUACUUGAAAGCUGCCGCAGGAAUCGAGAGAGGGGCUUCAAAGACAGGUCAGGAGGUGGCAGGAAUGGUGACCUUAAAGCAAGUAUAUGAAAUCGCCACUGUGAAGUCUCAAGAUGAAGCGUUUGUUCUCCGGGAUAUGCCAAUGGUUGAAGUGGUGAAAUCUAUUAUUGGCAGCGCUCAGUCACUGGGGAUCAAAAUUGUCAAAGAUAUGUCCGCAGAGGAGUAUGGAAAGUUCCUAGAAGAGCGACGAGCCGUUCUUCAAGCCGCUGCUGACGCCCGGUUAGCAGAAGCCGCAGCAGUUAAGAAGAAAUGAUAUUUUUGAACAUUUUAUGGAACUUUACAUUACCACAUUUUUUAAUACUGAUUUCAAGCAUUCAGUGUUUUUUUUGGGGGGUCACUGUACAGCUGGUUGUCACGAAUUUUAUAUUCUGAACUCAGCGCUUCUAGCUGUAGUACUCUUACACAGAACAGGUGAUCUCUGGGUGACACAGAUGUCCAACGUGGAGGGCAUUCUUGUGUUAAAGGGGUAUUCCAGGCCGAAACGUUUUUUUAUAUAUCAACUGGAUCCGGAAAGUUAAACAGAUUUGUAAAUUACUUAAAAAAUCUUAAUCCUUGCAAUAGUUAUUAGCUUCUGAAGUGGAGUUGUUUUUUUCUGAUGACUCACAUCCCGGGAGCUGUGCAGUUCCUAUGGGGAUAUUUUCCCAUCAUGCACAGCUCCCGGGACAUGACAUAAUCAUUGAGCAGUUAGACAGAAAACUUUAGAAGCUAAUAACUAUUGGAAGGAUUAAGAUUUUUUUAUAGAAGUAAUUUACAAAUCUGUUUAACUUUCCGGAGCCAGUUGAGAUAGAUAGAUAGAUAGAUAGAUAGAUAGAUAGAUAUAAAUAAAUAUAUAUAAUAUAUAUAUAUAGUUUUUGCCUGGAAUACCCCUUUAAUUCUGUGUGCCUUGCAAUAAGUCAGUGUAUCAGGGUAUGUUUGUUUAUUAAGGUAGGAUAAUAAAAAAUAA